UUCUUUCCAAUUCCGGCUUCCGAAGAGACAACAAGCACGUUCUGUUCUUCCCCUUAUCGUUUGUGCGUGCGUUUAACUACAUAUCACUGGUACAUUUUGUACUACCCCAGUGUGUCCUUCCACCGCACUUCUAUUUUGUUGUGUUAAAAAAUAUUCCUUUAAAUCAUCGUAAAAUGUCUUUAAAAGUACAAACGAACAAUGGUCAGCAUACUACUGCCGAGCCAUCGGUAGCGCUGCCCAGCGGCAACGUGCAUCUCGAGACGAUCGAUCGAAUGAUGGAGUUACCGGUGGUUGACGCCACCUGGCAGCAGACCCAGAUGGUAUACGGACGGGUAAAAGAUUCGAACCGGGUACUGACAUGGGCGUUCGGAAUGGCGGAGAACGUGGUGUGCCAGGCGGCAACCAUCUCGGCACCGCUUGUCCAGCGCCUCGACCGUCCGCUGCACUUUGUCGAUCAGACGCUGGUGCACGUGCUCGAUCGGCUGGAGGUGAAUGCGCCGAUCCUGAAGGAGCAACCGGCCGACAUUUACCAGCAGGCCCGGACGCGUGUCCUCGAGACAGUGAAGCCGCACAUCGAUCGGGUGUGCGAGCUGCGGUCCGCCUCGAAGCAGCGCGUUACCUCGCUGAAGGAUCUGUCGUGGCGGAAGGCCAACGAUGUGCUGGCCACCCAGUACGGGUGCCUAGCCGUCAACGGCAUCGACACGACGGCUUCCGUUGCUGAGCGGCUCCUCGAUUACUACUUCCCCAAGACGGAUGAAGACUCGGAGGACACUAACUCACCUGUGGGCGCCAAGGAGGAUCCGGUACUGCACACGGUCCAGACGGUUGGCCGGCUAUCGAACAAGGUGGCCUGCCGCGUCUAUCAUACCGUGUCGCAGCGCGUUAAAUCUUUGGGUUUGCAGAAUGUACGGGACUACGUCGCCACGCUUAUCGCUGUUCUGCGCCUCACGCAGUACCUUAACUUUGUCAACGAGAAGCACUCGAUGGUGAAGGCGGACACCUCUGUCAAAUGUGACGCGGCUGUUGCAACCCCUGCCUCCUCUUCCUCCUCUGCCUCUCCGAAAACGGUUGCCUCACCGAAAAAGGCUGCCGCACCGAAAACGGCGGUCGUCACCACCAUCCCCAAGCAGCAGCAGCAACAGCAGCAACAGAAGCAACAAAAGCAACAGUAAGAAGCUUCUCCUGUGUUGUCCUUUUUGAUUAAGAAUCUCGGAUGAUUUGCACCACAAGUGAUGUGUUGUUGUUCCCUAGCGAGGAGAAGGGAAAAUAAGAUUAGUUUAUGUUCGACACGACGAUCGGAUUAGAGUUCACCUCUAAAGGGAGGAUACGAGAUACAGAUGCAGGGCAUCUGAAUAGUGUAAUAUUAUGUUUUGCUCGAUUUGCUUACGUUUCAUCAAUAAAAAAUGGAAAACCGA